CAACUGAAAUUCCCGCCUAAACUCAAAUGUUCACAGGUCCUGACUAUUUUGACCUUAUCAGAUACAUAUACAUAAAAUAGUUAGGGCAAGACGAGAAGUCGGAGAAGAGGAGGCGGCACAGCGACAAGAAAGCCGGCACGCUACCUUGGAUCUGGUAACUCGGCUGAUCUACUGCAUUGGGAAAUCUUUGAGUCUCCAAGCAUAACCCAGCAUGAAAUCAAAAUUUUGGGGAGUUCAGGUUAAAGGAAAGAAAUCUGAGUUUGUUUGUCCUGGAAAUGGCGAGCUGAUUCGUAUUUGUCAGAUUGCGCUUGGGGAUGAAAAUUUUGAGUCUGUCGAGCAUGUUGUGGUGUACUUGAUAGUUGAUGGAAAGAAAGUUGCAUUAGCUAGACUCUCAGGUGAGCUUCCUCAGCUAUCAGUUGACAUUGUCAUUGAGACGAAUUUCAGGCUUCUACACAACUGGAAGGAGGGAAGGGUCGAUUUGUGUGGUUAUAUAGUAAAUGAAGAAGUAGACGAGGCAGCAGAUGGUGAGGGUGAGCCUCCUGCUUCUGCUAAUUCUGCUCCUGCUGCUUCUGAGCCACCAUCCUCUGCAAAGUCUGAUGAUUCUGACGACGACCAUGUUGAGGACUUCUAUUAUGAUGAGCCACUUGAGAAGUUGGAUGAUGAGGAUAUAGACAAGGAUCUGGUUGAUGACUCGUUUGGAGUUAAGACUCCUGAGAAAUUUGAUGAUGACUAUCUAGACGAGGAUCAGGUAGAUAAUUUUUCUGAAGAUGAGACACAGACACCUGAAAAGGUUGAGUUCAACAUUGAAGUCCCUCAAAGAACAGAUGGUAAGAAAAGGAGUGCUCUCACAGAAUCUCCCUGCCCUGCAAAGAAACUAAAGAAAGACACAGCAGCUGAGAUACCUGAAUCAAUUGCAGAAUUUCCUUGCCAACUUUGCAACAAGACAUUUAAAUUGGAAAAGGGUUUGGAGUGUCAUAUUAAGGCUAAGCAUGAGGAAGCAAGUGCGGGCACAACAACUAGCUACCGUUCGAAGAAAUUUCUGAAAAAUUCAGUUGAAUUACAACUUGCUUGCGAAUUUUGCAACAAGUUAGUUCAUCCACAUCCUUACAUGUUAAGUUUCGUUUUAUCAUUUUUGUACCCGAGACUUGCUCAAGUAUUUUUCAGGAUAUUUAAGUCAGAAGCAGGUUUGGAAGAUCAUUCGAAGGCUAAGCACGGUAAAGAGUGAAGUAUGGGUGCUUUGUAGUAAUUGGAGUAGUUGUUUUGUUGUUGGUCUGUUGUUGCUCAGUGAGAGUUGUAGUAAAUGUGGGCUCCUUUUUUGGUAUAUAUCAUCCCAUGUUCCAAAACCUUUGGUACUAUUGGAUGAUCAACUGAGUUGAUGGUAGCUUUUUGUUUACAAAGUCUAUUUUAAAACAUCGGGGAUUAAACCCUUUUCAGGGAAAGUUUAUUACAAGCUCGUGCCUUGAUCUUUUGAUUCAUGUUUAGCAGUCUAAAAGUUUUCACCUGGGAAAACAAAGGACCGUGUAGCAGCACUUGGGGAACACAGAGUAUUAAGGACAUUUUCUCUUUCCAUCACAUAUGGUUAUUAUAUGAACUAGGAUAGUGUCCGUUGUUGUCGACUUUCUUUCUAUUAGUCAUAUAAUUUUUUUUCUAUUA